AGGCCUUUCUUAUCGAAGUCUUCGUCUCUCUCAAACACACACACACACACUCGCCAUUGCAGUCGUUUCUGGUAAACAAUGGUUGCAGCAAAGCCAGAACCAGAUUUCACGAAGAAGAAGGAGAUGGUUCACUCUCCACUUCUCACCUACUUCUCCGUCAUCACUCUUCUCUCCACGUGUCCACCCUUUGUCAUCCUCCUAUGGUACACAAUGGUGCACCAGGAUGGUUCUAUACUAAACACAUUUAAUUAUCUAAAGGAGAAUGGGAUUGAGGGAUUUGUUAACAUAUGGCCUAGACCUACUGCUAUUGCAUGGAAGAUUAUUGCGUGUUAUGCGCUUUUUGAAGCUGCACUUCAGCUCUGGCUACCUGGGAAAAGAGUCGAGGGCCCGAUAUCUCCUACAGGCAAUAAGCCUGUAUAUAAGGCUAAUGGUGUGUUAGCAUAUGUGGUGACACUAGUUACAUAUAUUGGCCUUUGGUGGUUUGGGAUAUUUAAUCCAACGGUUGUUUAUGAUCAUUUGGGAGAAAUAUAUUCUGCGCUCAUUUUUGGAAGCUUGAUCUUUUGUGUAUUCUUAUACAUAAAGGGUCAUGUGGCACCUUCUUCCACUGAUUCUGGUUCUUCAGGAAACAUAAUCUUCGAUUUCUAUUGGGGAAUGGAACUGUACCCUCGAAUCGGCAAAAACUUUGAUAUCAAAGUUUUCACAAACUGCAGAUUUGGGAUGAUGUCAUGGGCCGUUCUUGCUGUGACGUACUGCAUAAAGCAGUAUGAAACAAAUGGGAAAGUAUCAGACUCUAUGCUUGUAAAUACUGUGCUGAUGUUGGUUUACAUUACAAAAUUCUUCUGGUGGGAAGCCGGGUAUUGGAACACAAUGGAUAUCGCACAUGAUCGAGCUGGAUUUUAUAUCUGCUGGGGAUGCUUGGUUUGGGUUCCUUCUAUAUAUACUUCCCCUGGCAUGUAUCUUGUCAAUCAUCCCGUUAAUCUUGGAGUCCAGCUGGCAAUUUCCAUCCUAAUAGCAGGCAUUCUGUGCGUAUACAUCAAUUAUGAUUGUGACCGACAAAGGCAAGAAUUCCGUAGAACGAAUGGCAAGUCCUUGGUGUGGGGGAAAGCUCCGAGCAAGAUAGUUGCUUCAUACACUACAACCAAAGGAGAGACUAAGACCAGCCUUCUCUUGACUUCAGGGUGGUGGGGCCUUGCUCGUCAUUUCCAUUAUGUACCUGAAAUCAUGUCAGCGUUUUUCUGGACAGUACCCGCUCUUUUUGAUAACUGUCUUCCAUACUUCUAUGUUGCGUUUCUCACAAUCCUACUGCUUGAUCGAGCUAAAAGAGACGAUGAUAGAUGUCGUUCAAAGUACGGGAAAUAUUGGAAGACAUAUUGCACCAAGGUUCCGUAUAGGGUCAUACCAGGAAUUUACUGAGAUGCAGUUGUAUGUUUGAUUGGGCACGUAUUUGUAUUGUAUGCCUUUUAAGCUUUAAUUAAACCUCUUUUAUUGAAAUAAGUAGGUUUGAUUUUGUUGGUAUAUGAGAUAGAUUUGAACCCGUAUAAGGUGUUGACUGUUGGACAUUUUUGGAUUAGAUUGUAUGGUUUGAUUGAUUAUUAAUUUUAUUGGAAUGUAUUCAGAUAAAAA